AAGAGACCAAAAUGGCAAGAAGCAAUCGAACCACAGUGACAGAAUUUGUCCUCAUGGGAUUCACAGACCAUCCGGAGCUUCAGCUCCCCCUCUUUGUGAUGUUCCUGGUAAUCUAUCUCAUCACCCUAGUGGGAAAUCUUGGCCUGAUCCUGCUCAUCAAGGCGGAUUCGCGCCUCCACACCCCCAUGUACUAUUUUCUCAGUCACCUGGCAUUCAUUGAUCUUUGUUAUUCAUCUUCCAUUGGACCCAAGAUGCUGCAGAAUUUAUUGGUGAAGAAAAAAACUAUUUCCUUUUCUGGCUGUUUUGCUCAGCUGUACUUCUCUAGUGCUUUUGCAACUACCGAAUGCUUCCUCUUGGCUACAAUGGCCUAUGACCGCUACAUGGCCAUCUGCAACCCUCUGAUUUACACAGCCAUUAUGACCCAGCGGGUCUGCAAGGAGUUGGUGAUAGGAGUCUACACCUAUGGCUUCCUGAACUCUGUGAUACAAACUGUCCUGACUUUCCAGUUGUCUUUCUGCGACUCCAACAUGAUCCUCCACUUCUACUGUGCUGACCCUCCUCUUCUUGCCCUUUCCUGCUCUGAUACCCACAACAAAGAGAAGCAGCUCCUGAUCUUCUCUGCAGUGAAUCUCAUUGGAUCCCUCCUGAUGGUCCUCAUCUCCUAUAUCUGCAUCCUCUUCUCUAUUUUAAAAAUCCAGUCUUCCGAGGGCAAGUGCAAAGCAUUUUCCACCUGCGCCUCCCACCUCACUGUGGUCACCAUCUUUUACGGGACAUUAUUUUUCAUGUACCUGCAGCAACCAAAAGCAGAGAAUUCGUGGAAAUACAACAAAGUGAUCUCUGUGUUUUGUAGUCUUGUGAUUCCCAUGCUUAAUCCUCUGAUCUACAGCCUGAGGAACACGGAAGUAAAAAACACCCUGAAAAAAUUGCUAGAGGGCAAAGAAUCAUAGUGAGCAAGUUAUCAGAAUGUGGUGGUAUGCAAGUGUGAUAUACUGACACGGUAUAACCAAUGUGAUAGAAAGUUAAUCCAACCAAUCAUCAUGAACUAAUCAGGAUUAAUUUACAAGCUAUAAUGUCAAUAAUUGUCUGUCUUUCAUCUAUUGAAAAUGAAGUGGCUACUACUAAUUUGACAAAAUAUAAGCUCUCAAUUUUUAAAAAAAAAAUCCUCAAAAACAACAUUCUGGGUGACUAUACAUUAAUAAACAUGGGUAUAAAACCCUUACAAUUAAAAAAAAUGCUAUUAGAAACAUUUUCCAGCUUAAAGCAGGUUAUAUUGAACCAAGUCAUUUGUUAGUCUUAAAAAGCAUUUCUUCAUAAUAUAUCGCUACAGGUAGUGGUUACAUUUCAAGACCAGCUCACAAAAGGUGUAUUUAAUCCAAAUAUAGUUGAAAAUUGCAUGCUUUAAGUAAACAAAAAUAAUAUU